AUGUCUGUCUCCAUCACGACCACCACGUCCUCACCCACCCGCCUCCACGAGGACCCUCUCGCCUCUGCGGACGCCUGCGGCGUGGGCCUGGAUCUCAACCAGGUUGCCGUCAACUGCGUCCUCAAGCAGCAGCCCAUCUCCGUCACCCUCAAUGGGCCCGCAAUCUUCACCUUAUCUAUGAGCCUGGCCCUUAUCAUACACUUUCUCGAGCCCAGGAUCGCAGAGUUCCUCAUCAUCCUCGUGCCCAUCCUCCUUCUCGUCCGCAAUGACUAUCAGAACUUCCUCGGCCUCGGGCCCGGGGGCACGCCGGCCACGUUCCAGGGCUACAUUAGAAUAGCCUGGCUCCGGUUGUGGGCUCUCCGGGAUCCCUUCACCGCACCGGACCCAAAGCCCAACAGCCUCCCCAGGAGGGGCAUCCUCAUCCGGCAAAAUGACGACCAGAGCUUGAGCCGGCUGCCGUACCGCCCUGGGCCGCGUCCGCUGGUCGCCGGGAUCGCUCCGCAGCGUCAACUCGACCAACACGGGACAACUUCGCACUACUACGCCCUGAGGCAGACACUUGAGCGUCUCGCGGCCGAGAAGCCGCUCAAAUUCGGCACGGCGAGGUCAUGUCUCGAAAAGCAUGGCCUCGGCCUAUUUGCGCGGCAUCCAGUCAACGUGACCUGCAACGGGGAGGUGUGUCAUGUUCACGACUCAGAUCACUCGUUGCACAUGAGCCUGCAUCCCGAAGACAUCCGAGAGGUCCUCGCCAAGGGAUGGGGCCAGCGACAUCCGCUUGCGUGGAAAGGAAGACUCGUACAGAUGCCUGUGCCGGAGGAGUUCAUCAUGGUAUACGCGCCGAGAGACGACCAUGAACUGAAGAUUGUAUGCCGCAUUAUCGAGGCAGCUAUCUGGUACGUCGUCUCCGAGAAGACUGAGAUCAAAAUCGAGAAGGCCAUCUAA